AUGGUGUUGAGAAACCAAUCUAUUACAUCAGUCGCAAAGUCAAUGGCCGCUGAAUCACGGUACACCCCAGUUGAGAGGCAUUAUUUAGCCUUAAUCUUCACAGCACAGAAGUUGCGUCACUAUUUUUUGGCACACCCGAUCCAGGUUAUGACCAAGAGUGAUCCAGUCUGCUACUUACUAAGUAAACCCACUCUGACUAGAAGAAUGGCAAGAUGGCUCUUGGCUCUAGCAGAAUAUGACAUCACUUGUGUUACUCCCAAGGCUAUUAAGAGCCAAGCACUCGCAGACUUACUAGCACAAUUCUCAUAUGGUGAAUAUGAACCUGCAGAGGUACCUCUACUAGAUGAGGUCCAUGUCUCAGCAGCUGCAGUUGAGACUUAUUGGGACUUAAAAUUUGAUGAAGCUUUUGGAGCUGGGAAAGGUGGAGCUGUCAUAACACUAACUAGUCAAGAGGGAGAGAAGUUUCAUCUAUCAUAUAAGCUUGACUUUGAAUGUUCAAACAACGAGGCCAAAUAUGAGGCGUUGAUACUAGGUCUAAUUGCUGCUCAAAAGAAAGGCCUCUACAAGUUGAAAAUUUGGGGCGACUCCAAGCUAGUUGUCAAGCAAACAAUGGAUGAGUUUUCCUUGAAGGAGCCUCUGUUGGCCCCAUAUCACACCAUAGUUCAAAGGUUGCUCACUUAG